CUGAUUGACGCAUCACAGCAUAAAAUCUUCGCUCUAUCGAAUUCAGAUAUGGUUCAUCUCUUCGCCCAUUAGCAUUUAAUGGAAUUAUCUUAAAUAAUCAGCUCGCGGGACCACGAUUUACAACAAUUUAUACCCCCUUCAAAUUUCACAAGUGAUGACGGGCAAUUCACCUUACUGGAUCGAGGCUGAGGACUGGCACACAGCCGGAGAACCUUUUCGCAUCAUUCAAAAUGUUCCUCCAGGCUUCAUGCCGCCGGCUCAGACAGUCUCUGAGCGGCGGCUGAGCAUCAUCCAAGCCGGCGACCAUCCGCUGGAUGGACUCCGCAAGUUCCUUAGUCAUGAACCUCGAGGACAUGCGGAUAUGUACGGCGGCUUCAUCACUCCUCCAAAUGACUCUGGGUCGCACUUUGGCGUGCUUUUCUGGCACAAGGACGGUUUCUCAACUGCUUGCGGUCAUGGUACCAUGGCUCUGGGAUAUUGGGCGGUAUCUAAGGGUCUCGUCAGCGCUCCUGAGAACGGCCCCGUGGAUGUCGUGAUUGAUGUCCCGUCAGGGCGUGUGGUAGCAACGGUUAUGAUCAAAGACGGCAAAUCUAUACAUGCCGACUUUGUCAACGUUCCUACUUACCAGAUAGCGAAAGGGCUGUGUGUUGCGAUCCCGUCCCGCGAUACUGAUGUCCAUGUGGACUUGGCAUUUGGCGGUGCUGUAUUUGCGUCAGUCAACGCAGCCCAGCUAGGUCUCGAAGUCAAGCCAGAGAAUGCAAACGAAUUCAUCAGGCUUCAACGAGAGAUCAAAGCGUCUCUUGGUGACAGAGCAAAGUACGGCCCCAACGAGCUGUAUGCAAUGCUCUUCUUUGAGGAACAGGAACAGAAGCCGGAGGGGCCCGGAUUAAUCAUUCAAAAAAGCGUCAAUGUGUAUGGCGACGGGCAAAUUGACCGGUCCCCGUGUGGUUCUGGGACUUGUGGAAGAAUGGCUAUCCUGUUGGCAGAGGGUCGGCUCCAGGAUGGAACCUCAAGAUUCUUGCAUCAAUCUAUUAUCGGGUCAACCUUUGAGGCAAAGCUUGUCUCCAAAGGCCAGAGCCCAACCGCGAAAUUCCCGUCCUGCGUCGUACGUGUUAGAGGCGAGGCGUAUUUGGUUGCACAGUCAAGAUUCUACAUUGACUGGGAAGAUCCACUAUCCCCGGGCUUUGUCCUACGAUAGCCAUAGUUGUAUAUUUCUUCCAGCAGGUCCAGCAAUAUAAU